CCUGGCGUGGACUGUUUUUGCAGCCAUGAUACUGAGGUAGCCAUCACCCAGAUCAUAUUUCUAGUCAACGAGGGUACGUUAGUGACAGUAAGAAGUGAUGAUCACCUACAUCUGUGGGACUUCAGACAGAAGCAGCCCAAGAUUGUGCACUCUCUCAAGUUUCAAAGGGAAAAAAUCUCAAAGUGUCAUCUUCCUUUCCAAAGCAGUUGGCUGUAUGUGGGUACAGAGCGGGGAAAUGUCCAUGUCAUUAAUGUGGAGACUUUCACCUGCUCUGGUUAUAUUAUCAACUGGAACAAGGCUAUUGAAUUGUCUAGGAAAAGCCAUCCUGGCCCAGUGGUACACUUAAGUGAUAAUCCAUCUGACCCUAGUAAACUCCUCAUAGGUUUUGAAUCUGGAGCCAUUGUCCUCUGGGACCUGAAGACUAAAUCUGCUGAAUAUAGGUACAGCUCCCAGGAGGCCUUGAGGUCUAUAUCAUGGCACAAUGAAGGCAAGCAGUUUAUGUGCAGUCAUUCAGAUGGCAGUUUGUCCACUUGGAAUGUCAGAACACCCCAGCGACCAAUCUCUGUUAUUUUACCUCAUGCAAAGUCUGGAGCAGAAGACACACUAGAAGUUUGCAAACCUAUAGCCAAAGUAGAAUGGAGAUCAACCCACACUGGGGAACCAGUAAUCAUUUUCUCAGGUGGCUUGUCUUAUGACAAAGGUGGAAGAACACCAUGUCUGACUGUAAUGGCAGGAAAGAACACCACUGUUUUGGAGAUGGAGCAUAUCAUAAUAGAUUUUAUUAGCCUCUGUGAUACACCCUGGGUCAAUGAUAUUCAAGACCCUUAUGCCAUUGUGGUGCUAUUGGAAAAUGAUCUUGUUGUUAUCGAUCUCAGUUCAUCAGGUUAUCCAUGUUUUGAAAAUCCAUACCCUAUGGACCUACAUGAAUCACCAGUAACCGCCUGCCAGUACUAUGCCAACUGUCCUAUGGAUAUCAUUCCUGCUCUCUACUCCACUGGCAAGAACCAGAAGAAGGCAGGAUUUAGUGAAAAACCUUGGCCAAUCAAGGGUGGAUCCUGGGGAGCUAGAGGGACAAGUUAUCCAGAAAUAAUUAUCACAGGGCAUGCAGACGGAUCAUUAAAGUUUUGGGAUGCAUCUUCAGUGACACUUCAGUUCUUGUAUAAACUAAAAACAGCAAAAGUUUUUGAAAAACCUAAGAGAUUAUCACAAGACAAAGAAGAUGAUCCAUUUGCUAUACAGAUGAUCUUCUUGUGCCUAGAGAGUCGUAUGCUGUGUGUGGCUGGACCCACACAUUGUGCACUUUUCAGGUUCUCAAAACAAGAAAUUUCUGUAGAAACAGUGUCUCUGGAGUUGGCCAUAGUUUAUGAAGUACAUGAUGACCUAGAGUCUCCUGACUGUGAUUAUUCAAAACCAAGUGCAAAGAUGUUGGGACAAAACAGCAGCAGUUUGGGUUCUCAUUCGUCCACUGCCUCUGACAAUACCAAACCAGAAACAGUGACAUCUGUGAAGGUUAGAAGUGGCAGUCACCGAUGGGGACCAGGGUUUUUACCAGAGCUAGUCUGCAUUUUGUGCUGUCCUGAGGGAGAGUCUCCUGGAAACAUAACUGUCAUGUCCCUCAACUCAUCGUAUGGACUCCUGGCUUUUGGCAAUGAAUCUGGACUGGCAAUUGUAGACUAUUUGCAGAAAGCUUGUCUACUUAGCUUGGGAACUCCUGAUUUAUAUGGCUCCAUGGACCCCUAUCAAAGAGCCUCAAAGUCAUCACACACAAAGAAACAGCCAGGAGAAGGACCAGUUCAAGGAUCAGAAGACUCCGUGUCUCCAUCUGUUGAUCAGAUAAAUGGUGACUGCUUGAGCCCUCCCGUUUCUGGAUUAAAAGUCACCAGGAAGCAGCUGUCCGCUGAUUAUCGUCACCCCAAGUCUCAGUGCGGCCGCAAGCUGCAGCGCAUCCGCACUGUAGCAUCUGUGGAUGAACCAUUCUUCACUGGAGACAAGGCAGAUGUGACUUUUAGCCGCUCACGCAGUUCUAGUAUUUCCAGCCUGGAUAAUGUUAGCAAAGAAGCAGUCCAGUCUUUAGUUUUUGCAGACUCUUACACGUCCAAGCAAGACAGUGAGACAUCCCCAUGUUUGUGGGUCGGCACUAGCUUGGGGUCUGUCAUUGUUAUUGCCCUAAUUUUGCAAAGGGAGCAACGAUUGUCUCAACCUGUAAUAGUUUCUCCAAGUGGGUCACUAUACCGAAUGAAAGGUGCAAUUGUGUGCAUGUCUUUCCUGGACUUCAAAGGAUGUCUGAUUCCAGCAAUGGGUGACCAGUGGAAAGAUAGAGACAAUAAAGACAUCAGUGAAAAGACAAACACAAAGACUACUGGACAAAUGACACUGAGCACGUCUAAGACAAAGAUCUGCUCAUCACCUUCAACAGAAAUAUACAGUGACAAACAGUUUGCUAUCAUCUGUUCAGAGAAACAAGCACGG